AAUCACAACUAAUGCUAUCAAAGCCAAGCUUACCUUACCGCCUUCGGCAGAAUAAUGGGCGCCACGCGACACGACAACAAUACAACGCGAUAUAGUUACAUUUACGAUUAUAUUAGCAUCGACUGUUCCCAACCCAAAACGAUGGGGGACACGCAGCACAGAAGUAGAACAAAACUAAUAUUUAGAAGAUAAAUUUGAAGAGUAGCCAUCAAUCCGCCGCUCUAAUCUCCGCGAGCGUCAGGAGCAGCCAAGCCCACAACCAGGAUGAGCAGCAAUUGGACCGACCAAGACUCAACUGCCAUCACGAACUGGAUCUGUAAACUACCACCUCGACCAGACGAGCAUUCAGCGACAACCCUCACCACAACCACAGCGAAUGAGAAGCUGCGCAACGCUUCGGCUCCUGCCUAUCUUCCGCGAUCUACCCCAUCAUUAGCAAAUUCUGCGUCAUCACCAGAGUCUGAAGAGAUCUCGACAAGAGCACGACAACACAAGCGCAAGAGGAGUGAUUACCUCGAGCAGGCGCAGAAGAGGACGACGCAUAAGCAGAACAAGCAUCUCACGGCAGAACAUCGAGAGGAGGGAGAUCUUGCGGCAGCAUAUCUUGGUACGGGGCAUAUUCAGGCGGGAAAUACCGUGGCAGAAUUUGAGAGUAGACACCACCACGAGGAAGAAUAUUUCGGCGUAGAGCAAUCUAGACCAGGAUACUCCGAGAUGGACGACGGAGCUUCCGUCGCCGGAUCCACUCGGUCACUUAUAUCAAACAGGCCGAUACUCGACGCAAAACCGCCUUCGCGGCGGAGUUCGCGAUCCACAAGCCCAAUACGAUCAACCUUGGCGCUCCUGCGCUCUGCGGCGCCACCAAUCGAUAUCUGCCAGCCUGGCCCGGCUGCUGCGACGAGCCCUGGCGACGCAGUGAACAAGCUGAAGGUAUUUUUGCUGGACGGGUAUGAUAAGGCCUUCAUUCCGAGGCAACUUGAGGCCCGAUUGCGUGAAAUUGCUCCAGAUGAAGCUAUUAUCUUGCACGAAGCAAUGUUUCAUGACCAUCACGAACAAACAACUAAAGAGCUUGACUCGCUGUGGGACGAUAUUCAAGAGGUAUACUAUGAGGCUAAUGCAUGCAGCAACCUCUUCAAAGACGAGAAUGCGUGGGUAGAAGUUGUGAGGUCUGUUCUUAGGUUAGCUGGCAUGCACACCUUGUCGAAGGAUCUUGAGCUGAACAGCGUGCAAAGCCAAUCCAUUGAACCUCAAUAUUUGCCAACUCUUCCAUCAUCACCGACAUCCUUGUCGAAGAAAGCAGAUCUUGCUCUUGUCAUCUCACUACCGAGGCACGGCGAUUCGAUAAUCAACCAAUGGCGGAAGCUGAACCCAGGUGUGGGACUUUCGCAUAUGAGCGAUGCAUAUACGCGAGAGACACUUCUUGCAUGUCCUCUUGAAGUAAAGAGGCAAGGCGGAGAUUACAACGAAGCUGUUUGCCAGCUUGCAGUUUGGUCAGCGGCAGCAUUGGAGAAACUGAGAAUACUGGCGACCAUGGGAAGGGACACGGAGAUGUUGGAACGAUUUCCUUACCCCGGAUGGACGGUCGUGGGCCAUGAAUGGCAGUUGCAUAUAUCAUGGAAGGAGGACUCCGGCAAGGUGGUGAGUGUCCUUUUGCUUCGUUCUUGCCUCUAGUCGUCGCUGACAGACUUUCGGAUUGUCUUCGGUCCGUAUCAACUAUUGUCUGCGAAGAUAAAUAGCUAUUUGGAUGUUUUUAGGCUAUUAAGGUUAUUUUCCAAAUUGAAGCAAUGGCUUCUAGGAGACUACAAGUCUUGGGUUCAUUCACAUGUUCUGGGACCUAGGUAACAUUGUCAUUUCUUGCGAAGAAUUAAAUCUCCUAAUUGGAAACUGUCUCGAUACGUUGUAGAGGCUGGGUCUUCUAGCUCUGCCUUGUCUAUGUGGGAAUGAAUCUGACGAACAAAUAUCUGUCGUUGUGCUGUGAAAAAUAUAGCGAGACUUGCUCUGCGUCACCUUGCCUUGAAGGGCGUUGAUGAAGCUACUAUGGUUUGCGGAAAGACAUAAUCGUGGGGGGAAGCGAGUUGCGUCCACUCGCUUAUGAGAGGAAGCAAGUGCGUCCUGUCAAAUUGCGACCGUAAGUAUCCAACC